CUACAUACUAGUUACAUGCUACGAAAGCAUCGUCGAUCUAAAAGAAGUCCGCGACAAAGACGUCAUGGGGUGGCCCCCAGGCAAAAGGAAAUCGAAUGUCUGGAAUCCUCGUCGAAGCCUCGAACUUCGCCCAGGGUGGUGGUAUCCACCGCCCCUGCCAGGGGCGAAAUUCAAGGACAAAAAGACGAGGCAGCAAACCAGGUGAUUCGUCAUUCUAGUGACACUCUCACGAUGGGGGAUGAGUAAGUGUUUCAAUUGGGUUUGGGGGAUGAUUCUGAUAGGAGAGUUGCUAUGCUGAUAGCCUGAGCCUGAGCCCUGGAGCCUGAAGGGGAAUGGGAGUCAGAGAGCCUGGGAAACAAAG